AUGGAGGGUGGGGGAGGGAGUGGAAUGGGUGGGUUCCCGGGAGCCCCGGCUAACCUUCUCGAUGCCGCAGCUCAGGAGUUCCACCCUACUGUCUGUGUCCCCUACCCUCUACAGCCGCUCCCGCACCAGCUAUACUGCCCCCACCCAUACCCAGCCAUGCCGGUGCCGCCGGCGCCGGCGCCGCAAAUGGCCAUGUUGCAGCCAGUGCCUCCGAUGGCGAUGGCCAUGGCGCCGCAGCCGGGGUACACCUUGCCCACGACGACGCCGGUGGUCGACGGCCCGUCGAGCCGCGUCGUGGUGCUGUGCCUGGUGCCGCCGCACGCGAAGGAGCGCGACGUGACGCAGGCGAUGGCGCCGUUCGGCGCGAUCCGCUCGGUCGACGCGUGCGCGGUGGCGUCCGAGGGCGUGGCCACCGUCCAUUUCUUCGACAUCCGCGCCGCCGAGCUCGCCGUGGCCUGCGUCCGCGAGCAGCACAUGCGCCAGCAGAGCCGGCUCGGGCAGCUCUACGCGGCGGCCGCCGUGCCCCCGGCGUGGGCUCCUGCACCACCGACGCCCCAGGCCUGGGACUGGGCCCACCCCCACCCCCACCCCAACGACGACGGCCGCGGCCUCGUCCUCGGGCAGGCCGUGUGGGCCCACUUCGCCCCCGGCGCCGACGACGGCGAGAACAGCGGCUCCCUGGUGGUCCUGAGCCCCCUGCCCGGCGUCUCGGUCGCUGACCUCCGCCAAGUCUUCCAGGCCUUCGGGGACUUGAAGGAUGUGAGGGAGUCGGCGCACCGGCCCAGCCACAAGUUCAUCGACUUCUUCGACACGCGCGACGCCGCGCGCGCGCUCGCCGAGCUCAACGGCCAGGAGCUCUUCGGCCGCCGCCAUAUCAUCGAGUUCACGCGCCCUUCCGGCCCCGGGCCCCGCAGGCGCGGGUACGCGCCCCACCACCGGCCCACCGCGCCGACUCCACCGAGGUUUCAACAAGCGACGUGGCGACCGGCCCAGCCGACGUCGUCUCAGCCCCCGGCAUCCUCCUCGUCGUCGUCCGGCUCCGUAAGGGCGAGGAAAGGAGUGGUGCUUCUGAGGAGGCCGAGCGAUCAGUCCAAGGGAGGCAAUGCCGGCACGAACCAUGAGCGCAAGAGCAAGGGCAACAAGAACGUGGCGUCGGCGGCGGUGGCGUCUUCGUCGACCCCGACGGUGUCCGGGAAGCAAGCCCAGAAAGGCGCCGGGAGCAGCAGCGGUGGCGGUGGCGGCGGGAACUGGAAAGGACGAAAGAGCGGGUGGGAGGCGCGCUUCCUGUUCAAGGAGCCCGAGGCCGCCGGCGACGCCGACACGCAGUCGGCGCCGGCUUCGGAGAGGGACACGAGGACCACCGUCAUGAUCAGGAACAUACCCAACAAGUACAGCCAGAAGCUGCUCCUCAACAUGCUGGACAACCACUGCAUCCAAUCCAACGAGUGGAUCGCGGCGAGUGGCGUGGGGCAGCCCUUCUCCUCCUACGAUUUCGUCUACCUCCCCAUAGAUUUCAACAACAAGUGCAAUGUGGGCUAUGGCUUCGUCAACCUGACCUCGCCGGAGGCCGCCGUGCGGCUGUAUAAGGCGUUCCACAAGCAGCCAUGGGAGGUGCACAACUCGCGCAAGAUCUGCCAAGUCACAUACGCUCGCGUACAAGGCCUGGAAGCGCUGAAGGAGCACUUCAAGAACUCCAAGUUCCCGUGCGACAGCGACGAGUACUUGCCCGUGGCGUUCUCGCCGGCGCGCGACGGCAAGGAGCUGACGGAGCCGGUGCCCAUCGUGGGCCGCUCGCCCGCGGCGUCGUCCGCGUCCGGCACGUCGUCGCCUCCCAAGAGCCGGGCGGCCAGCGUGGACCUGCUGCUUGGGCGGGAGCUGAUGCCGGCGCCCUCGUCGUCCGCGGACGGCGCGUCGUCGACCACCACGUCCACCCACGCGCCGUCCGAACACGCCGACGACGACAACGAGGAAGACAUCAGUCUCGCCGGCGAGCUGCAGCGCCUAGGCUACGCCGACUAG